ACGCCAACAGAGAGACAACUCGACUUAGGAGCAAAACUAAAAGCCACUGAAAAUGUUGAGCCUGCAUGGAUUCCAGCCUUCCCUCAGCUCAUUCAUGGGAAUGGACUGGCCAGUGCGCAGUCUCUGGCCGGAGAUCACAUCUCUUUACAGACACGGAGAGGAACUGCAGGAGCUGAAGAGAAGCCUGGAGCAGCUUCAGCAUAAGAUCCUUGAGGAGAUCCAGCUGAUGCCACCCUCACAGGAGAUCUACCCAGUGGCCUGCACAAUGGAGAAAGAGGGAAGCGGCUUUGCUUUGACGCUGGACACUAAAGACUUUUCCCCAGAAGAACUGUCAGUCAGACAGGUGGGCAGGAAGCUGCAUGUCAGCGGAAAGAGUGAGAAGAAGCAGGAGGAUGGGAAGGGCUCGUACUCUUUCAGAACCCAAGAGUUCAGGCGGGUGUUUGAUCUUCCUCAAGGAGUGAAUCCUGAGGCGGUGACCUGCUCCAUGGCUGAUGGAAAGCUCUAUAUACAGGCACCAGUAAAUCAGCCAUCAGAUGCCGCUGAGAGGAUGCUGCCCAUUGACUGUCAAACUGUGAAGACAACGCAGCCAGAGACAGACGACACCAGCACCACCCAGACGACACUCAACAAUCCUGAAAGCACUGAGCACAGAGUACAUCCCUCUGCUGGACAAUCUUAAAUAAUGAUGUUUUGUUUUAUUUAAAAACAUUGUGUUGUACUUAAUUGUUUUCAAGUGUUUAAGUAAUACAAAUGAACAAAAAGAUGGAUUUUUUAUAUUGAAUAUAUCCAUGGAAUUAAAUAAAAUAAGAACAGCAAAAA